CCCGCCACAGCACCGACUCACCGCACUCAGCCUUCGCCCAGCGGGGCGCUGCACCACGCCCGCCGCGCGCACUUAUCGCCCGCCAUCGUCGGCCGCGCCCAGCAAGGGUAAUCCGCUUAUUGUUUUCCGCUCUCUAGAAUCCAAACAGGCGUCAUCAGCCGUGGGUGCGCCAACUGUACGCACGUUUGCACACCCAUCCUCUCUGACCGCGGACGCAUCCGGCGCACGUCGUGUCUCGCCUGCCCACCCGCGACGCAUGCUCCCCGCAAUGCGGCCUCCAUCCGCUGCCUCCGCCUCCACCAAUCAUGGUAAGCACGUCUCCUUCCCCGGCUGACCAGCCCAGGCCUGUCGCGCUGUCACUCCCUCGAAGCCACCGCCGCACCUCCCGCCUGACUGGCCUCCAGGCCAUCACCUGCUCGCGCGACGGUCGUCUGCCCGCUCGUCACACUACGUCUCCAGACUGCUUCACCCUCCUCGGCCGCGGCUCCCUCACCUUUAACGCAUCUCCUCUCUUUCCCCGCGCAUCCGCAUCGUGGACCUUGACGUAUUCGUUGCCCACGACCUACCCCAGGCCGAUAAGCCUCACCAUCCCCGGGCGUUCUCGGCUCAAUAGGCUCUGCGAACUCAAUCGUGGAAGAACCGUGCGCUUCCGCCCCGCGUCUUCAUACAACGCCCCUUCCGUUAUUUGCGCCUUCCACUGGCGUCAGCGCUACGUCAAUGCGGUACAGGCGACCUACGCGAAAGUCUGUCUUAUGACCGUGAGUGCGUCCUCCUCUGCGCUGCAUCCUUGCUCUCAUUUAAACAGUCCGGUGACCGAGUUCUGCGCCGUUCCCACUCGCGCACAGUACGUACAGCUGUCCCCGGCCGGCGAAUCUGAUAACCUCGCCGUGCUCUCCUGGUAUCGCGCGCUACUCCUUGAUAGUGGGCGUGGGCAGCGGCUCGAACUCACUCAACAGCUGCCGCAAACGUUUCUCGCGAAGCCCGUGGGGAACGGGAUGCCCUUUCCCUCGUACGACAAAGGCCGGCAGCGAAGCGUGCGACUCAAAUACGAGUGAUUGCGCCGUCUUCGCUGUCUGCGACGUCCAUCGCCUUCGCACACCAUCCUCCCACCGCCCGUCAAACGUUCAAAUGUCUAAACCGCCACUCGACCAACAACCAUCGAAUUGCACAUCGAAUUGCAUUCGCAGCCUAAACGGGCGACGAACGUUGCUCCCGAGGGAGUGGAACCUUUGGUGUGUCCCCCGACUGCGCAGUUCACGGACAUUGACCCCGGUCAUCAUACGAACAUCGGUGGUUUUGUCGUGGUGGCAACCCGGAGUCGGCCUCUGUCGUGAUCUUGAUGUCCGAGUUCUGGAUCCUGGCGCGAGCGUGUGUUGCGCACGUUGAUUAGCACUUAAGAUUGGGUGGGAAUCAUACCUGAGGGAAAUACAUGAAACAUUUGAGAUGAACUAUUCUCAUGGCAUGUAGCUUCUCUAUACGGAGUUACAAUAAGUAUGUAACAUAUUGUCAAGUUAUGGG